AUGCCCGCUGUCGAGCCAGACAAUCCGAUACCUGAUGACCCGGUGCCCACUGUCGUGCCUGUUGACUCGGAGCCCACUGUCUUGCCAGACGACUCGGUGCCCGCAGUCUUGCCAGACGACUCGUUGCCAGACGACUCGGUGCCCGCAGUCCUUGCCAGACGACUCGACGACUCGGUGCCCGCAGUCUUGCCAGACGACUCGGUGCCCGCAGUCUUGCCAGACGACUCGGUGCCCGCAGUCUUGCCAGACGACUCGGUGCCCGCAGUCUUGCCAGACGACUCGGUGCCCGCAGUCUUGCCAGACGACUCGGUGCCCGCAGUCUUGCCAGACGACUCGGUGCCCGCAGUCUUGCCAGAC